AUUCUUCCUUACAGAUUUCCUCAAGCUCUGUUAAGUUAGAUGGGGAGCGGUGGUGAACAGCAAUCUUCAAGUCUUUCCACAGAURUUCUAUGGGAUUCAAGUCUGGGCUUUGGCUGGGCCACUCAAGGACUAUGACAUUUUUGUUCUAAAGUCAUUCCAGUUACAGUGGUUAUCUGUUGGGAUUGAUCACUAGGCUAGUAUUUCUGUAUGCCUCUGAGCUAUGCAUGAGAAGAACCCCUGGGCCCGCCCCUCUUAUGUGGGGAACAUGAUCAGGCUUUUGGUCAUCAGUAAAUUGGGCAGCCCCUCCAACCCAUUCCGAAAGCUCAAUGUCAGUGUCUAACACACAUGCAAACUUAUGCUUGUGCAGACACACAACAAUAAAGUCCCAUACACACACACAUCCCCCUUCCCUACAUUCUUAACAGUCCUGAAUUAUACAGUAUAUACAUUCAUAUUGCAUGCAACAAUUCCACACUUGUAGACACACAAACACGCUCCAUGGAACACACAUUCAUGCAAAUAAUCCCAAGCACACACUCAGACAAAUUCAAACCCAGCCCUUUUACAGAAAGGGUGGGGCUUUCCCCUCCACCACACUUCCCAAAAAUGUGUGAGAGAGGGUAUGACAGAGAGAGAGAGCACAGGGCGUUGCAAGCAAGGGGSGAAAUAUUGAUGAGGAUGAUGGACCUGAUGACGAAGAGUAGAACAAUGUGAUGAUGUGUGGUUCUGGACGAGACUGGAAUCUCUAAUUAAAUCAUAUCAGACAGUCUGAAGAGAAGAGGCAUAGUGACGAGAGAGUAUAAAAGAUAACAGACGGCCCCCACCAACUAAUUCCCAGUUCACUCCACUYCCAAGUACUGUACAAGGAGCAUCAAUGGACCUGUCAYUCAACCUCCACCCCUUUCUCCUCCUCUUUUCCAUCAGUGGAGUUCUUGGAGUGUGCCCAGAUGGAUGCCAGUGCAGAGACAGCAAAAUCCUCUGCCAAGGCAGGUCAAUCACAGAGUUCCCGUCCUCAGUGCCUGGCUCUACCACCACCUUCUACAUCUCCAACACCAACAUUACCGAUCUCAAACCCCAUGACUUGGCUGCUUUUGCKGAGGCCCUUGGCAUCUUUGUGGUCAAAGACACUGGGAUCAGAGAGGUGUUCCCUGGCACCUUUGACCUCAGUCAUAACCUGGGUGCCCUGGGCUUCACCGGCACUGAGCUGAAUGACCUACCUGAGGCCCUGUUUCUAAACCUGGUGAAGCUGGAAUCUCUGACUCUGAGCGGCAACAAGCUCCUGGUGCUCCGCCCUGCCUGGCUCAACUCCCUCACUGCUCUUAGGWCCCUGGACAUAGGCAAGAACCUCAUCACGUCUGUACCUGAGGAGGCCUUUCGCUCCYUCACUGAGCUGCAGCAUCUCUCCCUAGCCAGGAAUAACAUCAGUCAGUUCUCAAGGGACACCUUCAGGGGCCUGAGAAAUCUCAAAUCCCUGCGUCUGAACCGGAACGCUCUCAGGGAGAUCCCUGACGGAGCGUUGGAUGACCUGGUGAGCCUGGAGGAGAUUUCUCUGCAGGAUAACGCCAUCACUCAACUCCCCGCUAACCUGUUCUCCCAGCUGCAGAGCCUGCAGAAGCUUUAUCUCUCCAGCAACCGUCUGACUUCCCUCCCACAGGGGAUUUUCCUCAACCUCCCAAACUUGGCCCAGAUUUCCCUGUAUGAGAAUGAGCUCCAGAGUCUGUCCCCAGGGGUUUUUGGGCCCAUGGCCCUGAAGGAGCUGUGGCUGUAUGACAACCGGCUGACACGCCUGGAGGGCAAAACCUUCAGCAACCUGACCCAGCUACGUCUGCUGGUGCUGAGCCGGAACCAGAUCAGCUCUGUGUCCCCCAGGGCCUUCAGUGGYCUGGCCGAGCUGGGGGAAGUGUCCCUGCACACCAACCUCCUCACCAGCCUGUGGGAAGGGACCUUCCAGGGGCUGCCCAAGCUGGUCAACAUCUCCCUCAAGCACAAUUACAUCAGCUCCCUCCCCGCAGGGCUUCUCCAGGGCCAGACCCAACUUGGCCAGCUGGUCCUCCACAACAACUCCCUACCCAACCUGCCCUCAGAGCUCCUCAGRACCCUAACGGUGGCCAAGGAGGUGUUGCUGGCUGACAACCCCUGGAGGUGCGACCAGGACAUUGUGCCACUGCGAGACUGGCUGACACGGCACCCCACCAAGACCAACCUCAGUGCUGUGGUGUGCCUCACGCCCUCUGCCCUGAGCGGUUACAGCAUAGCCAACCUGACCAACGACGAGCUGAUGCAGGAUACUACGUCAGCCGUCCCUGAUAUCGCCCCCACAGAGAAGWGGAGGAAACCCCACACCCCCCCUCCCAAGACGAGCACCCCCUCUCCUGCUGCAGAGGCCACACCCACUCAGGAGCAGGGGGAGGACACCGGCAGUGGGCGGGGGAACGGAGAGGGCGUGUCCAGGAACACGCAGAUCAUUAUCACCGCGGUGGUCUGCACCGCCGUCAUCAUCAGUCUCAUCGUCUGCUGCGUCUGUUGGAGGAGGAACAAGAGAGGCAGCCGCAACCUUGGCCGCAGGAACAAAAACAACUCGGUCAUCUAGACUGGCCCAGAGGCCUGAGCACCACAUAGGAGGUGUACUGUACAGUAAUGCUGAACACGCCUGAGCACCACAUAGGAGGUGUACUGUACAGUAAUGCUGAACACGCCUGAGCACCACAUAGGAGGUGUACUGUACAGUAAUGCUGAACACGCCUGAGCACCACAUAGGAGGUGUACUGUACAGUAAUGCUGAACACGCCUGAGCACCACAUAGGAGGUGUACUGUACAGUAAUGCUGAACACGCCUGAGCAAACAACCUUCUGAUGUGGUCUUUCCCAAACAUGUUAGCACAGGAACCUAUCAUGUCGCUAUUAAGAACCCUUGACCAAGGACAGACGAGCUUGGCCCUGACUUUUGGGAAACUCCACUCUGAUGGAAUAAGUGGCUCUGAUUGGGAUUCCAUAAUAUGAUUACGAAGUCCCUCUUGAAGCUCUUUAGCAAGCUUGCUGUGGUCUGAUGUUUUGCACAACAAAAAAUAAAGAUACCAUAAACUGUAACAAUAAUCACAUGAAAAUGGCAUGGAUGGUAUGCACAAAAUGCCAUGCAUGUUUUUAUUUUCAAUACUGGACAAAUACUUCAUAKUGAACAAAUCUAAUGUUCAACAUAUAUCUAAUCACAUAGCUGUUGAUUUUCAAGUAAAGCUUUCUUUCUAUGAUUUACUAACUGAAACUAGGCUUGUUAUUGUGUCAUUUUUAUAUCAAGACUUAUUGCAGUAAUUAAUAGAUAUACAGUGCAUUCGGGAAAACAUUAAGACCCCUUCACUUUUUCCACAUUGUGUUACGUUACAACCUUG